AUGGUGGGUGUGUCCCUGUCCCCACGGUGGGUGUGUCCCCGCAUCCCUCUCUCCGCGGAUCCGCCUCCCUUGUUCCCUGCCGGCGCCCGUAGGAGGCGGGAGCAGCGGCGGCGCGGGGCGGGCCCGGAGCGGCCCCGGGUGUUUGUCCCGGCCAUUGAUUGUCCCGACCAUCGCCCCGGGACGGGCGGGGCGUCCGGGCAUCGCUCACCCUCCACGGGGCUGUGCCCGGAGCCCCGCGGGGCGGACGGCGGGGGAAGGCGUCAGGACCGAGAGGGACCGCGGGAGGGACCGCGUGGUGCGGCCGGGCGGCGAGUGCGGGGCGGUGGCACCGACCUGCCCUGCCCCGGGUCACUGCACCGGGACGGGAUGGACGGAGCGGGGCCGGAGGAAGGCGAGGAGCGGGAGCCCGGGGCCGUCAGCGAGAGGAGUUUCCUGGAGAGCUUCACCGAGAGCCGGGAGGUCGCCGAGCUCAUCGCGAACCUCAGGGGCGUCUUCGGGGAGCUGGUGACCCGGGAGAUGGCCGUGGAGCGGUUCGUGGGUAUAAUGGACAAGUACCAGGAGCAGCCUCACCUUUUGGACCACCACUUAGAGGGGAUGAUGAAUUCCUUGUUGGAUAUAGCACGGGACAAAGGAUCUCCUCCCCCUCUAGUUCACCUGGCUUUUAAAUUUCUUUACAUCAUCACAAAGGUGAGAGGGUACAAACGUUUCCUCCCCCUGUUUCCUCAUGAAGUCCGGGACCUGCAGCCUGUUCUGGACAUGCUCGCGGAGCAGAACCCGAGGGAUUCUGAGACCUGGGAGACUCGUUACAUGCUCCUACUGUGGCUGUCCAUGAUCUGCCUGAUUCCUUUUGAUCUGGCCCGUUUUGAUGGAAACCUUGUUUCAGAGGGAGGGAAGGCUCGGCAGCCGACCAUGGAUCGCAUCCUGGAAAUAGCUAAAUGUUACCUGGUUGUCAGUGACAAGGCUCGGGAUGCAGCUGCUGUGCUGGUGUCCAAGUUUAUUGUUCGCCCUGAUGUCAGGCAAAGCAGGAUGGCAGAAUUCCUGGACUGGGUGCUCUCCAUGUUAUCCAAAUCCUCCUCCCAGACCAUGGAGGGGACUGUCAUCGUGAAUGGCAUGCUCCAGGCCCUGGCACAGCUGUUUAAACAUGGCAAGAGAGAAGAUUGUUUGCCAUAUGCUGUUACCGUGCUCGAGUGUCUGGACAAGUGCAAGUUGUCAGAGAGCAACCAGAUGGUCCUGCGCAAGCUGGGCAUGAAACUGGUUCAGAGACUGGGGCUGACAUUUGUGAAGCCAAAGGUGGCAAAAUGGAGGUACCAGCGUGGCUGUCGCUCUCUGGCUGCCAACCUGCAAGCUCAGGGUGCUGUUGUGCAGAACCAAAAGAGAGAAACUGCUGCUGAAGCUGAUGAUGAUGAGGAAUAUGACAUCCCAGCAGAGAUUGAAAACGUUGUAGAGCAAUUGUUGGUUGGGCUGAAGGACAAAGACACCAUCGUCAGGUGGUCUGCAGCCAAAGGAAUUGGUAGAAUAACUGGAAGACUUCCAAAAGAAUUAGCAGAUGACGUGAUCGGGUCUCUGUUGGACUGUUUCAGUUUCCAGGAGACGGACAACGCGUGGCACGGGGGGUGCCUGGCCCUGGCCGAACUGGGCAGGAGAGGAUUGCUGCUCCCUUCCCGAAUUUCAGAUGUCGUUCCUGUCAUGCUGAAGGCUCUGACCUACGAUGAGAAGAGGGGGGCCUGCAGCGUGGGCUCCAACGUCAGGGACGCCGCCUGUUACGUGUGCUGGGCCUUCGCCCGCGCCUACGAGCCCACAGAGCUGAUACCCUUCAUCAGCCACAUCUCCAGUGCAUUGGUUAUUGCUGCAGUGUUUGAUCGUGACGUUAAUUGCAGAAGAGCUGCUUCUGCUGCCUUCCAGGAGAAUGUUGGGAGACAGGGCACUUUUCCCCAUGGCAUCGACAUUCUCACUGCAGCUGAUUAUUUUGCUGUUGGGAACAGAGUUAACUGUUACCUCACUAUAAGUGUGUAUAUUGCUGGCUUUCCUGAGUAUACACAGCCAAUGAUUGAUCAUUUAGUUAAUAUGAAGAUUAACCACUGGGACAGUGUUAUUCGAGAACUUUCCACCAAAGCCCUGCACAACAUCACUCCCCGGGCCCCCGAGUACAUGGCGAACGUGGUUUUGCCAAGACUUCUGCCUUUAUCAGUGGGCUCAGAUCUGCACACACGCCAUGGGGCAAUCCUUGCCUGUGCUGAGAUCACCCAUGCUCUGUGUAAACUGGCACAAGAGAAUAAUAGAUCUGUAACGUACUAUUUCAGUGAAAAAUCAUUGGAGGGACUUAAACAAAUCCACCAAGAGCUUUGCAGUCGUCAGUUGUACAGGGGUUUAGGUGGAGAACUGAUGAGACCGGCAGUCUGCACUUUAAUUGAAAAGCUGUCACUGUCAAAAAUGCCAUUUAGAGGAGAUCCAAUAAUUGGUGGUUGGCAGUGGUUAAUAAAUGACAGUCUAAGACAUCUCACUCUUGUUUCCAGUGGUGCACGACAGCACAUAAAGGAGUCUGCAGUGUCUGCACUGGCUGCCCUGUGCAAUGAAUUUUACAUCAAUGAGGAGGGAGAAGCUGAUCCAGCUCUGCAGGAUGAGCUGGUGACACAGUAUGUUUCAGAACUACAAAACACAGAGGAAAUGAUCCGUUGUGGCUUUUCACGAGCUCUUGGGGCCCUUCCAAGGUUUCUGCUGAAGGGCAGGCUCCAACAGGUUUUGGAAGGUUUGAAAAAAGUUACCUUAAUUUCCCCUGAAGAUGUGAGCUUUGCAGAAUCCAGAAGAGAUGCCUUAAUAGCAAUUGCAAAGGUUUGCCAGACAGUGGGUGUGAAGGGAGAAGGAUCCCGGGAGGAAUUCGUGUGCAGGGAUAACGUGGAUGAGAUUUACGCGACGCUGCUCAACGGAGUCACCGACUACACCACGGACAGCCGGGGGGAUGUGGGAGGAUGGGUGCGUGAAGCUGCCAUGACCAGUUUGAUGGAGGUGACACUGCUGCUGGUCCAGAACGAGGCAGAGUUAAUUAAUGCCAGCAUCUGCAGGCAGAUUAUGUGCUGGCUGGCUCAACAGUCAGCUGAAAAAAUAGAUAAAUUUCGAGCUCAUGCAGGAUCUGUGUUCCUGACCCUCCUACACUUUGACCGUCCUCCAGUUCCACACAUCCCUCACAGACAAGAGCUAGAGAGGAUAUUUCCAAGGUCAGAGAAGGAGACUCUGAACUGGAAUGCUGCAUCUGAAGCUUUCCCCCGGAUCACCCAGCUCCUGGCAUUGCCAACCUACCAGUACUUCGUGCUCCUGGGGCUCUCAGUGUCCGUGGGGGGACUCACAGAGACCACGCUCAGAUACUCUGCCCAGAGCCUGUUCGACUACAUGAAGAAAAUCCAGGGUGAUCCCAGUGCUCUGGAGAGUUUCUGUGAGACGCUGCUGAAGGUCUUUGAGGACAACCUGCGGAAUGACCGGGUGUCUGUGCCUCUCCUGACAAUGCUGGACCAGCUGCUGGCAAAUGGCUGCUUCGACACAUUCACUGAGCAAGAGAACCACCCCUUCCCAGUGAAGUUGUUCACCCUCUGUAAAGAAGAGAUCAAAAGAUCCAAAGACAUCCGGAAGCUUCGCUCCAGCAUAGGAGUGUUUUGUGGCCUGAUUCAAUUCCAAGGAGACAUGAGAGAGAAAGUUUUCUUUCAGCUGUUUCUCCUCCUUUGCCAUCCCUUUCCUAUAAUCCGUAAGACCACGGCCAGCCAGGUGUACGAGAUGCUGAUAACCUACGGCGACGUGGUGGAUCCUGCCAUCAUGGACGAGGUCAUGGCCAUCCUCAGUGACACCAACUGGGAAGCAGAACUGCCUGUGGUGAGGGAGAGACGCAACUGCCUCUGUGACCUCCUGAAAGUGCCCAAACCUCAGCUGGUGUCCAAGAGUUCAGCAUGAGGAAGCUGCAGCCACUGGUCUGUACCUGGAGCUGGUGGCUCCAGUGCCAUGGGGACGGGAGCAGGCUGUGCCAUGGCAUCCUGGCACACUGGAGCUCAGCAGGAGCUGAGCUGGACACUGCUGGACAGAAGAGGCAGAGCCUGUCUGAAAGCACAGUGCAGAUGUGCCACAGGAAAGCAACCAAAACCCACUGUUUGCAGUUUUUAAUGUUGUUAUGUGGCAGGUUCUUGUCAUGCUCUGUCACUCUGACCUGUCUGUUCUGAUGUCAAUGAUUUGUAUGUCCCAACUGAACAGAGCUUGUGCUUGCUGUCCACACACUGAGUAUUAAACCUGACCUGCUGCACUGCUCUCUAAA